GUACCUUUAGUCGUACCACCUCUUAAGUCGUACCACGUUGAUAUCUGCGCACCCGUCCAUGUAAAGGUGACAUCUAGCGGUACAAUAUGGAACUGCUCAGUCGCACGGAUAAACAACAAUAAGCGGCGGCUUGCCGGAUUUCGCGCUCGAAAAAUAAUGAAAAAGUGAUCAAUAUGGCAAAGAAAAUUUAUAACUCUUGGAAGCAAGAUGAUAUGGAUGAAGCUCUGCAGAAGCAUCGCGAUGGUAAAAUAGGGUUCAACGAAGCAUGUAGAUUAUAUUCUAUACCUAAACCCACUUUUCGACGUCAUUUAAGAGGUUUAAAUAAAACAAAUAAAUUCGGAAGGCCAAAUGAUAUGACAAGAGAAAUGGAAAAUGAAUUAGCGCAGCAUAUACUUAACAUGGAGUCUGCGUUUUUCGGAUUAACUGUGACCAAUGUCAGGAAACUUGCUUACCAAUUUGCAGAAAAAUAUCAAUUACCUCAUCGCUUUAACAAGGAAAAGGAAAUCGCCGGCAAGAAAUGGUUUGCUAGGUUCAUGAAAGAACAUCCAAUCUUAUCGCUGCGUGUGCCAGAGCCGACAUCGAUGGCAAGAAGUAAGGGUUUUAAUAAAGAGCGUGUGAAUGAGUUCUUUGACAAAUACGAAGGAAUACUGGAACAACACAAGUUUACUGCGGAUAAAGUGUAUAACGUCGAUGAAACUGCCUUAUCCACCGUGCACAAACCUUCCAAAGUCAUUGCUCAAAAAGGUAAACAUCAAGUUGGUGCGCUCACAAGCGGAGAAAGAGGUCUGACCACUACAUGUGUGUGUGCGAUGAAUGCAGCAGGUGAGUACAUACCGCCAAUGUUGAUUUACAAGCGCGUCAGGAUGCUCGAAACGCUAAAAAGAGGAGCUCCACCCAACACAUUGUUUGGAUGCUCGAAAAAUGGAUUGAUAACAUCAGAACUGUUCGUGCAAUGGUUGCAGCAUUGUAUUAAAUGCACUAAACUGGAAAAGAGCGACCAAAAACAAAUGCUGCUGAUGCUGGAUGGUCACAGCACGCACACGAAAAAUCUGGAAGCCAUUGAAUUGGCUCGUGAGUAUGGUAUAGUCAUGCUGUCUUUUCCUGCACACACAACCCACCGUUUGCAGCCACUAGACAGAUCGUUUUUCAAAUCCCUAAAAAGCAACUACAAUCAAGCAGCGUCGUCAUGGCUGCGUUCAAACCCUGGGGCUGUGAUAAAACAGGGAAAUGUUGCAGAGCUGUUGGGUAAGGCGUACCCCAGAUCAGUUCGUAUGGACAUAGCACAGAAUGGGUUUAGAGCGACAGGCUUGUGGCCUAGUGACAGAAAUAUCUUCACAGAAGAAGACUUUGUGUCUUCUAUGCAAAUCGGCCCAUCAGAUCAAGGAUCAACUGCAGUCACAGAUCCCGAGCCUCUAGCAAAAUCUGUAGCUGCACCUGCGACUCCAAACGCAUCUGCAUCGCCACCCAUGUCUGGAAUGUCAACGCCUCCUGCGACUGGUACGCGACCUGAGAUUGGAAUAUCCCCUCCGAUUGGUGGGCCUACGUCACCUGCGUCUGAAAUGACUCCUCGGACCGGUACUCCACCUACAAUGGGAAUGACACCUACGAUUGGUACGCCACCUAUGACUAGAAAGCCACCUGGGGCAAGGACACCUACCACUGCUGCAAAACUGCAUACAACUGAAUCUCCUCAACCUAGUUCUUCAAGGGUUGACGACCCUACUAAUAAAAAGCAAAUAAUGGCUUGCUUGAAUAUAAUAUCUCCUAUACCGAGCUUAACAAAAGUUGACCAGAAAAUGAGGAAAGGAACCAGUAAGACCACGGAAUUGACUUCGUCCCCCUACUAAACGGAAAUUGAAACCAAGGAAAAGAC